AUGCUCAAUGCACCUGAGGCAAAAUUUACCCAGUUGUCAGCAUUAGGAUAUAGCAAUGCUCAGCGUAAAAUUCUAGAAGAUUUGCAGUUGAAGAAGCAGAUGAUAUUAAAGCAAGGUGUAUCCCAAGCACUGAGUGCACCAGCUACAUCUCAGCAACCCACUGUAAGUAACUAUGAGCAUCUGAUCCAGUCAAAAGAAAAACAUUUGGACUUUGAUGAACAGAAAUCCCCAGGAUGGUCCUCAGGUACAGACGGACACAUUGCUGGUAAUAGUCAGCGAUCCAGUUUACUUCAGGCAACAUCAUCAAGCUUUGGAUAUUUUAUUCCCCAGGACUCAUCUUUUGGAAAUUUCAUCUUGCCAGUUCUACCACGGCUUGAACCAAAAUGA